CCCUCCCGCCAGAUCCUGACGGGUGCCAGAUCCUGCGCCAAGAUUCCGUAGCUGCACCACCAUCCCCGACCUCGAGCUACAUACACCAUGGCUGGCCCCUUCUCCCGUCUGCUGUCUACCCGCCCGGGGCUCAGGCUCCUGGCUUUGGCCGGAGCUGGGUCUGUAGCUGCCGGGCUCCUGCUCCGUCCGGAACCGGUACGAGCUGCCAGUGAACGCAGGAGGCUGUAUCCCCCGAGCGCUGAGUACCCAGACCUCCGAAAGCACAACAACUGCAUGGCUAGUCACCUGACCCCAGCAGUCUAUGCACGGCUCUGCGACAAGACCACACCCACUGGUUGGACGCUAGAUCAGUGUAUCCAGACUGGCGUGGACAAUCCUGGUCACCCCUUCAUCAAGACUGUGGGCAUGGUGGCUGGAGAUGAGGAGACCUAUGAGGUAUUUGCUGAACUGUUUGAUCCUGUGAUCCAAGAGCGACACAAUGGAUAUGACCCCCGGACAAUGAAACAUACCACUGACCUUGAUGCUAGUAAGAUCCGUUCUGGCUACUUCGAUGAGAGGUAUGUAUUGUCCUCGAGAGUCAGAACUGGCCGGAGUAUCCGAGGACUCAGUCUGCCUCCAGCCUGCACUCGGGCAGAGCGACGAGAGGUGGAACGUGUUGUGGUGGAGGCUCUGAGCGGCCUGAAGGGUGACCUGGCCGGACGUUACUAUAGGCUCAGUGAGAUGACAGAGGCUGAACAGCAGCAGCUUAUUGAUGACCACUUUCUAUUUGAUAAGCCCGUGUCCCCAUUGCUCACGGCAGCAGGAAUGGCUCGAGACUGGCCAGAUGCUCGUGGAAUCUGGCACAACAAUGAGAAGAGCUUCUUGAUCUGGGUGAAUGAGGAGGAUCAUACACGGGUCAUCUCUAUGGAGAAAGGUGGCAACAUGAAGAAAGUGUUUGAAAGAUUCUGCCGGGGCCUGAAAGAGGUUGGAGAAGAAGGGUGGGAGAAGGCGGCAGCUGGGUGGGAGGAAAUAAGGAAAACCAAAGAGUAG